AAACUCGCAUCAUGAUUAAAUCAAUUUUCUACCAUUAUCAGUUUUUCUCCAUUCUUCUCAUAUCAGAGAAAUGACAGCUUAUGGUUCCGUGAAAUCUCUUAGGAAUACAAUUAACAAUAUUCUCUGUUGUUCUCGUUUUAGCCCUGUUGGUCGCUCUCUACGAAUCAUUGAAGGCGUGUACAACAAGUUGGAGCAUUGGGAGGAAAUUCUGGAAAGAUUGGACUCGACAAGUCCAAGCAGGAGCAGGAAGAAGGUGAAUGCUUUAGAUGGAAUAAUCAAAGACGCAAUUUGGAGAUUUGAAGACUCAUUGGAAUCUCUUCUCACUCAUCACAUUCCUUCACAGUCUGAAACUCUUCCCCAAAUUGUCUCCAUUGAUCUGGAGAGUCUGCAAAAUGAUGCAAAUCCGUUGAUCCAGAAGCUCAAUGAUACGAAGGAGGAGUACAUUUAUGAAGUCGAGAAUAUGCCUCAAGACGAACCUAUUUCCUCAUCUAUUGGUUUCCAUGGAACAAACUCAAAGAUGAUUGGAUUAUCAGACCAAUUUCAACGACUCAAAACCGAACUUCUGCAAUCACUAGGGCAUUCCGGCUGGAUGCGUGCGUACGGAAUUUAUGGAACCGCGGGAGUUGGAAAGACUGCUCUUGCUAUGAAAAUUUACGAAGAUCCGGAAAUUCAGAGCAAAUAUGGGUGUCGCGUGUGGGUCACCGUAGGCAGAGUACCUCAGCCCAUCAGUCAAAUUUCACAAGGCAUUCUUGCUCAACUGGUUGAAGAUGAAAAAUUUGGUGACCAGAAAUGUCUCGUUGUGUUGGAUGAUGUUUGGGAGAGGAAGGUAUUCGAUUGCUUGAAUUAUUCCUUAUCCUUCAUACAAAAAGAAUGCAUUCAAGUCUUGCUAACUUGUCGACAUCAAAAAUGGAUUAAUGGUAUUCCAUUUGGUGGAUGCAAUGAAGUGCGGUUUUUGAAUGAAGAAGAAAGUAUGGAACUACUAUGCGAGAAGGUGUUUGGCGAUGAGGUUUGCCCUCCUCAGCUUCACAAAGCUGCCACCAAAAUUGCCAAGCUUUGUGAAGGCCUCCCUCUCUUGAUACUCACUGUUGCUGACAUCAUAUCAAAAUCCGAACAUAAUAGAGACCCAACCUACUGGAAUGAAGUAGCAGAAAAGAGGAAUUCAGUCUUCACAGAUGCAUGUAAUCAAAUAUCAAAGGUACUUUUCCCAAGCUACGACUACUUACCUCAAAAUCUCAAAAUGCCUUUUUUGUUUAUGGGAGUUUUUCCUCAAGAUUAUAACACUCCCCUUUCCAAGAUCAUUAUUAUGCUAGCUGCUGAGGGGUUGUCGGAUGAUUGGGAAUGUUUGAGAGAGCUAGCUAUCGAGUACAGCCUUGUUUUGCGUAGCUUGAAGAGUGUGGAUAAAACUUCACAAGAGUUUUCUGUUAGAGAGUAUAAAACUUGUCGACUUCAUUCUUCGUGGCAGCAUGUAUGCAGAGGAGAAGCUAGUAAGAAUAAGUUUUACCAUGUCUUACAUAAGUUGAUUGAUGCCUUAGGAGAAGGUCUAAAAGGUCAGCGUGGCCUUUGUCUCGAAAAUAACAUUUUAUUUGGCAUCGAAGAGUUUCGCAACUCAGUUAGAUCCAACUGUGCAUCCUCUACACGCUCUCUCUUUUUCUAUGGUCCUUACCACCAAUAUCCAAUUCCUAUAGAUGUCGGUUUCAGAUUACUAAGGGAAAUAGAUGCUCUUACACAACGUUUCUACACUUUUCCAAUAGAAAUUUUGUCACUAGUCCAAUUAAAGUAUCUUGCUCUAACUUGCAACGGAGAAAUCCCUCCAACUAUAUCCAAACUUUUCAACCUCCGAGCCUUGAUUAUCCAUCCACAUUUGAAUAUUAGACGUUGUGAAGCUCCAUCAUAUGUACCAAUACAAAUAUGGGAUAUGCGAGAGUUAGAGCAUCUUGAGAUAUUGGGAAAGAGUCUUGUAGCUCCAUCACAUGUUGCUUCUUUGAAAAAGCUCAAAACACUUGUAGGUGUGAAUGCCAACAUUCGUACCAUCAUGGUACUCUCCAGAAGAAUUCCUAACAUAGAGAAAUUAGGGAUACAGAUUGACCUGAGGCCGUUUGAUGACUCCAAUGACCUUUUAAGUUGCUUUGGUUGCAUUUCUACAUUUAUAAGUUCCUUAAACAUACUCAAAUUCAGUACCACAAAUCCUGUGAUCAAGAAUGGUCAAAUUUUCCCCGUGACUCCGGGGUCGUUGAAGUUGCCACAUCAUUUGAGUAAGUUGCAUUUGAGUGGCUUGGGCCUUCCCUGGGAAUACAUGGAUGUCACUGGCUCAAUGCCGACACUUAAUGUCCUCAAAUUGCGUUCCUACGCCUUUCGGGGUUCAUGUUGGGAAACAGAAAGGAAAAGUUUUUUGGGGCUUGAGUAUCUUCUAAUUGAAGAUAGUGAUUUGGUGCAAUGGAAACCAGGAUCGGGAAGCUUCCCUAGCCUUACGUACCUAAGCAUGAAACAUUGCUACAAGCUGAAAGAGAUUCAGGGGCCUGCUUCUUUAUGCCAAGAUGGAUCUAACAGCAUACUGUUUGAAUUGGAGGAUUGUAAUCCUUUAGCUCUGACUUGUGCCACCCAAUUACAACUAGGUGCUUAUGUUACGCUUCGUGUCAUUGCCUCUUCUUCAUUUUACGAGAAACCGACAACCAUCAAAUUUGAAAGGCAUGGAGACGUCGACAUAUCUAAGAUACAGAGGAAUUACAGCAGUCCCUACUUUCACUGGUUGGAAGAUACUGAUGAUGAAGAUAUGAGCGAUCACGAGGAUGAAAAGGGGUUGGAAGAUACUGAUGAUGAAGAUAUGAGUGAUGACGAGGAUGAAAAGGAAGAGAGGAUUACUAUGAAGAAAUUGCGAAUCAAGGAGAGAAUGAUGAAGGCGAGGGCGUUGAUGGGGAUGCGGAUGAGGAGGAUGAGGAGGCGAAUGGUGGCAAUUAUGUGUAUGAUCAUGAGAAAACAGAGGCGAGUGCAAUCGUCAAGGAGCAUAGGAGUGUUGAAGAAGAUGGUAGGCGUAUGCCAAUGUCGAAGAGUAUGUGAGUGAAAUAAGUUAGUGGAAUGUGGGGUCUACUUAUUAUUUAUAGUAAAAAUGAAAGUGGACAACUAAUGGAGUACGGACGAAAAUGGCAAAAAUGGACAAUUAAUUAGGGACGGAGGAGCAUGUAUUAAGUAUUUUGCGGCGAAAUGAUGUUGUUUUGAUCUAUUUAGACAUUUCAACAUGUUAUCUCGGACGACAUCUUUUAGAAAAUUUUGCAUGCUGCCUUUGAUACAA